GAUAAAUCGAACAAGUGUUUACGGUGCAAAUUAAAUUGCAAUCAGUUCUAUCGAAUCAGUUGAACAAACGCUAGUAGUAAUCGAAAAUGCCUCAGCGUCGAGGAUGGAGAGAACCCAAACAAGACCACAGCGUGUAUGUGCAACAGUUGUUCAGAGAUUUUCUUACGCGGAACAGUGAAAUCCCCAUUACUACCGGACCAAAUAACGCGCGAAUGAAUUUAUGUGCACCGAAACCUGGCGUUACCGAGCAGCGAAAGCAACCGGGUAUAUUUGACCGUGCUGUGUAUGCUCGCUUUGAACGCAAUACAAAUAACGGAAGCUUUAUUCGCCAAGAGCCAACGCACAUAUCAAAAACAGGUCUCAUGAGAUGGAUUGAUCAACAGCGCAACAACCGUUCGCAACGAAAUGUGGCGCAGAAGCCAACGCGCUUGGAAGACUAUCUGAAUUUGCCCGGCAAUUUCUUCUAUGAUACGGAACAUAUGAAACUACCAUUCGAAGUGGCAGACAAAACUUUAGGUAAUGUAACGAGCAAUUUUGUUCCACCAGCAACAUCGACGCCUUUUGAUCGCAUGGCUUCGUUCGGUGUAUCUGGAGUGCUCUCCGAUCCGGAAGAGCUUCAGUCGAAUUCUGUCGUUACCCAGCCAACUUCUAGCACAACAUCCAGUGCUUGGGAUUUAUUCUUGAAAAAAUGCGAAGAUUAUUUAACUGUCGUAACAAAUGAACACAAAUGCGCCAGCGAAUGGAUCAAUCAGCGACAGGAAAUGCAUACACUUCUACAAACGGGAGAAAUUAAUUUUCCCGAUCAUUUCAAAGAUCGAUCUGACAAAAGUACAGAUACUCUUCCCGUUAAGUCUUCUUCUAAGGAAAUAAUUGGUGAACCACUCGAUGAUAGCACAGAUAACUCGUUGACUAGCCACUAUCAAAACUCUCGAAAUAGUCGAACAUGUGACCGUAUGUCGUUAGAAACUCCUACGGAAAUACCGAAUCAUUUCCCUGUCAUUCUGGAUGCUCCAUUGCCGGACCAGGACCCGACACUCAAGAAACCAAAAAAAAGAAAUAAUGUCACAUUUUUGAUUGAACCAAGUUCUCAAAGCAAAUUCAAACCAUGUCCCCGAGCAACGCAGAUGGAAUCGAGCCAGGUGGACGAUAUAUUACUUACUGCAUCGCCACCUUCUCCAAACAUGUCUUCGAGUCGUGCACGUUGUUUGCACGAAGAAAGCACUUUCCUUUUGGACCGAAUGCCAUCCGACGAUACGCUGUUGGAAAAAUUGGAUGCAUUAUUGGAAGAGGAGGAAUUCAGCAUACAUGGCGAAACAACAGCUCCCGAAUUUGAUUUCUGCAUUCCAACGGAUCAUCCAACGAUUAAUAUUUCCUUUCCCAGUCAGUUACAAGUAAUGGAUCAUCCAGCAGAUGACUCGAUUGUUGCAAACGCAUAUUUUGCAGAUACUCCAAUGUAUUUAUCGCAAGAUUUGAUGAUGACGCCAACUAUACAGGACUUACAAGCAGCUUUAUUUUGA